GCAAUCAACAUGGCUCAAUACGCCCCAAAGUUGGUCUCCAAGGCCGACAAGGUCACCAACCACCUCAGCUUCAACGACAGCAAAAAGCCCGCCGGUGGCUUUGAUUCCACACCUAUCCCCCAUGCGCCGCCGGGGUACACGAUGAAAUUCACCUUUCACCGGGCCGUCGACCUCCCUCUCGCCGAUCUAAACACCCUCUCUUCCGACCCGUUUGUCUUUGCGCGCCUCGAGGUGGCGUUACCCCGUCGCCAUAAGCAGGAUCCAGGCAUGACAUUUCGCACCCCAACGGUGCACAAGGACCAAAACCCCGUCUGGAAUGCCGACUGGAUUGUCGCCAAUGUGCCCGCGUCGGGGUUCAAGCUCAAAGCUGCAGUCUACGACGAGGAUGCCUCUGACCACGAUGAUAAGCUUGGCCUCGCGACAAUCGAGACCCAUGCACUCUCCGAGUCAUGGACGCCCAUUCGAGAGGAGGCGGUCAAGGUCAAACAUCGAUUCGCCAGGAAGCGGGUGUAUGCGUUGACAAACCUUCAAAAGCUCACCAAUCAUCACAAGGUCUCGUACCUCUACGUGAGUGUGGAAUGUCUGGGGAGGACGCCGGGGGAGGAAGGCGGCCAGAUCUUUACGGUGGGGCCGAACUUCUGGUUCAAGCACUUUUCGCCUCUGAUCGGUCGGUUGGCCGGAGUGAAGGACCAAGUACCGAAGCAGGGUGAGAAUGGGAAGGAGAUUAGCCGAUACAAUUUCCAGGCUAUCGAAAUGCAGCUGACCGGACCGGUGCCGUCGGAAAUGUACCACCGCUAUGUGGAGUUCAAGCCUUUUAUCGCGGGCAUGUUCCAGUCGCAAAGCCUCCGAGGUCGGCUUCUGCACAAGGCGCUCCACCACCAGCAUCAGCGCAUCUACAAUUAUGACCGUACCACCUUGUACGGUGUCUUUCCCAAGCCCUGUCGAGAACUGGCCCAGAAACUCUUGGAGUUCGUGCAGCAUGGCCAGGGAGGCCGUAUCUUCACCUAUGUGCUCAUGCUGGACGGGAUGUUCCGAUUCACCGAGACCGGCAAGGAGUUCGGCAUCGAUCUUCUGAGCAAGCACACCAUGCACAGUGACGUGACCAGCUACAUCGCAUUUUCGGGCGAGUUCUUCGUGCGGUGUCGCAAGAGCCCCCACCGUGUCCGUCGACACCAUUCGCAGGCCUCCCAUCCGAUGCCCUCGACCGGAGACCAGACGACCGAAUUCCCCGUGGAAGAAGACCCCAAGGACGGGAAGAAUGAGAAAGGUUACGACAACGAAGAUUCUGAAGGGACCCACGGGGUGUCCCAAGAACCUUCCGACUACGAUCUGUACAUCGACAACGACAGCGGCACCUAUCGCCCCAACGCCAAAUUGCUCCCUCAGUUGAAAGGCUUCAUAGCCUCCAACUUCCCCGGCAUCAAUAUUACCACUCUCGACUGCCAAGAGGACGCCGACAGGAUGCAGGAACUCAAGGACGAGCAAAGAGAGGCCAAGACCCAGGAGGGCCGCAUGAUCACCUACCUCCAGCAGAGCAGCAGCAGCUCCUCGCUCUCGUCCAUCUCCAGCUCGGACGAAGACGAGCUGAAUGAGCGAACUGGAGUCCGCAAGCCUCGCGGAGAUUUCUCUCGACACGUUCAUGAGAUGCGCGAUGUCAAGGGACAGAUGAUGCGAUGGGUGGAGCAUGAUGGGCACCCGGACCGACCAAAGCAUCGCCAUACAGCUGGACGUGAUCGCGCUGCAUCUUUGGGGGAGAUGAGGUCGUCGGGUGCGCCGCCAUCGGCCGUGAACACGGGCGCUUAA